AUGAGGACUCUGCCCAAAAGCCAAAUUUGUGAAGUGUACUACGUCUCUGGGCAUGGACACUCCGGCUGCUCUGCUGCACAGGGAGAGGGGGAGUUGAAGGGGCCCACCCAGUCGCUGAGCCCCCCCACGAAGCCUGAGGAUGGAGCAGAGCAGAGGGCGGAGGGGGGGCCACCUCUGGCCUGUGGCUCCUGGAGGCGGUGGAUGUUGGGUCUCCUGCCUUUCUUUCCCUUCACAGCUGCCAUUGCAUUGACCAUCCACUACUUAACAUCGCCGCCCUCCUCAGUGUUCUUCCUCGGAGGCAGCAUGGAGUUCCCAAACCUGAGCUUCUCUUCAGAACUGACUGACUCCACCUCCCCGCAGUUCCACCUGCAGGCUCAGGCUUUGAACCAUUAUUUGUCAGAUCUCUACGAGUCGUCUCCGUGGAGCUCUCACUACCUGCGCUCAGGGAUUACUGCCUUCAGUGAAGGAGCAGAGGGGCUCAAUGUCUUCUACUGGAGUCAAUUCUACGCCCCGGACGAUGUUGCCAUGGCGAUCCGGAUGUCCAGCCCGGAGAAGCUGCAGCGCAGGCUCCCCGGCAGCAACAAGGUGCAGCGGUUCAGCCGCAAUGAGCAGCGCUACUACAUGGAGCAGGAUGAUGACAUGCUCCACCUACUGGGUUUGAACCCUGAUGACUUUGAAUCAGAUGAAAAAUCAGGCAAGAUAAAGAAUCCCAACAGCCUGCAGAGUGGGAAGUGGCAGCUCGGCUUCCAAGCAAUGUCCUUUGACCUCUACGCCAAAUACGGCAACAACCGCACGCUGAGCCUCGUGAGUCCCAAGAAACCGUACUACCAGUGGCGACUACGCGUGCCGUCGGGUCACGUGGUGCGGCUGGUUAUCCUCACCCUGCAUGGUGCCACGCCAGGAAGCUGCACUGCCCACAAGCUCUCGGCCUACGACUUCCUGCUUCCUUUGCAGAACAAGAUCAUUGCCAGGUGGUGUGGUCUGCCUGUCCUGGGUUCGUCUCCGGUCAUGAAGCUGACGUCCUCUGGGAACGUCAUGUUAGUCACCUUCUCCUUCAGCCGACAGAGAGAUGGAGCGAUAUUCAAAGCAUAUUUCCAGGCCAUCCCGAAAGCAGGUUGCGGAGGAUCUCUUUCCUCUUGGAACGGCUCCAUUUCCUCGCCCUACUACCCUUCCUAUUACCCUCCGAAUAUAGACUGCGUCUGGACACUACGGGCGCCGUUGCCAGGAUACCUGAUCUCCAUGACGAUCGUGACGAUGGACAUUCAGGAUUCCCCGUCAUCGGACGGAUGUGAGAAAGACUGGCUGGACAUCGGAGGGGUCAAACUGUGUAACCCGGUGUCAGACAGCAGCAGGAAGCGAGUGUACUCCUCUCCACUCUCCCUUCACUUCCGCUCCGAUGAAUCACUCACUCACAAGGGCUUCUACUUGCUCUACAGAGCCUUCUCUCCAGAGAGCACUUGUCCUCGUCAGUUUCGCUGUGGAGAUGGCCGCUGCAUCCCGCUGAGGAAGGUGUGUGAUGGAGUGAAGGACUGCUCAGAUGGACGGGACGAGGCUAAAUGCUCGUCCUGCAGGCCGGGGGAGGUGAUGUGUGCUAACGGCCAAUGUAAACCUCAGAGCAGCCAGUGUUUCAGUCAGAGCACGUGUGAUGACAGCAGCGAGGAGGGCACCUGUGGAAGUAAAUGUUAUCACAUGUGUCCCAACAAGUUGUGUUUGCCAAAGUCUUCAAUGUGUGACGGUGUCAUCGACUGCAAAGACCGCAGCGAUGAACUCAACUGUACCAGAGCAUAUUUUAAAGGCUGCUCCUCGUCCUCUUACAAAUGUGCCAAUGGAAAGUGUGUUGGUAAGAUCAACCCUGAGUGUGAUGGAGUAAAAGACUGUUAUGACGGCUCGGAUGAAAUGCGCUGUAGUUGUGGCACCAGGCCCAGGAAGCGCACCAAGAUAGUUGGCGGCUCUGAUGCCGGAGCGGGUUCCUGGCCGUGGCAGGUCAGCCUCCAGAUGGAUCGCUACGGCCACGUCUGUGGAGCCACGCUGGUCUCCAGCCGCUGGCUCAUCUCUGCAGCUCACUGCUUCCAGGACUCAGAUGCUAUUAAAUACUCAGAUGCCCGAGCAUGGCGGGCCUACAUGGGAAUGCGUAUGAUGACCGUGGGGAACAACGGAGCAGCCACCAGACAGAUCCGGCGAAUCCUCCUCCACCCUAAGUACGACCAGUUCACCUCGGACUACGACAUCGCCCUCCUGGAGCUCAGCGCUCCCGUCUUCUUCAAUGACCUGGUGCAGCCUGUGUGCGUCCCCGCCUCCUCACACAUCUUCUCCACAGGGACCAACUGCUACGUAACAGGCUGGGGGGUCCUCAUGGAGGACGGUGAGUUGGCCUCUCGCUUACAAGAGGCCUCAGUGAAGAUCAUCAACAGGAACACGUGUAACAAGCUGUAUGACGACGCCGUAACUCCGAGAAUGCUGUGCGCUGGGAACAUGCAGGGAGGGGUGGAUGCCUGCCAGGGUGACUCGGGAGGUCCGUUGGUGUGUCUGGAGCGCAGCAGACGGUGGUUCCUGGCGGGGAUCGUGAGCUGGGGCGAGGGCUGCGCGAGGCAAAACCGCCCCGGCGUCUACACGCAGGUGGUGAAGUUCACCGACUGGAUCCAUCAGCAGACUAAAGGACAGGUGUGACCGACACGGGCAAGAACGACAGACUUAACACACGGGACGGAGGUUUUCAAACAUGGAUUCUAUCUGCAGACCGUUGUCACGACUGGAUGACGACACAUUCAGACAGUUUUGGGGAACUUGUUCACUGGAAACACCAGUGGGAGCAUCAUCUCUACCAACCAGCUCCUGUAAGAUCCCUGCUAGCUCAGACCUGGUCUCAAAACAUCACCACUUUAACCGGAUUAUUAAAUCAACUUGGUUCUGGUCAUUGCACGUAAUUAUUCGACUUUGUUUGGAACUCCUCACUUAGAAUACAAAGUCAGCCAUACAGAAUUAGACAGUUUACUGUUACGUAACACUCCAGAGUUUUGGUUAUACUUUCUGCACAUGUAGCUAAACUUUGUUUUGCUCUACAGUUUUCACCCAGGGUCCCAGACAUUUUUUUGGUGUCAGCAUAAAUAUCUUUAAGUGCCUUUUACUAAUAUUGGAAUCCAAAACUUUCGCUUAAAAAAAAACAGAUACUACAAACGUUUUUCUACACAAGGCCUCUGCUGAGCUGCACUUGCCACACGGGCACCUCAGUUAUUCUAAACAGUGUCUUCUUGCAACUAAAAGCACAACGUUUAAGAACAGGAACAUGAAUCCAUAUUGAAGUCUGUUAAGCUGCUCUGCUUUCAGAGUAAAGUAUUACUUUGAAUCUAUAAAAUACAUGUUACAAUCUGCAACUUUGACAGAGUAAUGGUACAUUUCAAGGCUCCUCAAUUGGCUCCAAAGGUCAGUACCCACUCACGUGGAACCACAGCCAGGUUAUCCUGUUUCUAUAGCCAAUUACCUCCUGUUUUCCUAGCGUCUCCACCCUCUGUGAUUUUGCUGUCCCAGUUGUUCACAACAGAGCUGAUGACCACAUCAUGUGUUGCAACAAAAACCAGUUCAGAAUAUGGAACAAGUUCUCCUCCCACGAUUAUGUAACUGUGUAUGUUUGCCCUCAUCUCCAUUCCUCCAUGUACUGUAUCUGUGUGUUCACGACUCUCUGCGCGUGUUGUUUCUGUACUGUGUGUGUGUGUAUGUAUGUGCAUUUUUAUAUCAUGCGUUUAUCUGAGUCAUAGCCUCAUGUUAAAUAUAUCCUGUAGUGAAUAAUCCCACAGUAGGAGGUGGUAAUAUAUUUUGCAUUUCAGAUUCACUGUGACGUGUUAAUUUAUCUCUAUGGUGCCUCGUCUCCUCUCUACCUUGUGCUCAGUGACAAGCAGGAUCACAUCUGCUCUAAAAACCACGAUGCAGUGGAUUCUGGAGGAAUAAAUAAG